GAAUUCCAUUCUCUUAUGCUUUGUCCUCCAGAAGAGACUUUAUUCACUUAAAGUAGCUCCUAAAGUUGCACCCUCAGCAACUGCAGAACGAGUAAAACUAUCUCCAGAGUCUGAGGAUCUUGAGAUUACCAAAUUACCAAAUGGCUUAGUUAUUGCAUCUCUGGAAAAUUUUUCUCCAGCUUCAAGAAUUGGUGUGUUUAUUAAAGCAGGCAGCAGAUACGAAACUACCAGUAACUUAGGAACUGCUCAUUUACUUCGUCUGGCAUCAAAUUUGACUACCAAAGGGGCGUCUUCUUUCCGGAUUACUCGUGGCAUUGAAGCUGUUGGGGCCAGCCUAAGUGUGUACUCGACAAGAGAGAAAAUGACAUACUCUGUCGAAUGCCUGCGUGACUACGUUGAUACAGUAAUGGAGUACCUUCUUAAUGUCACCACAGCACCAGAGUUCAGACCAUGGGAAGUAAGUGAUCUUCAGCCACAAUUAAAAGUUGACAAAGCAAUCGCAUUUCAGAAUCCUCAAGUUGGAGUGCUGGAAAACUUGCACGCUGCUGCUUACAAGAAUGCUCUGGCAAACCCCUUGUAUUGUCCAGAUUACAGCAUUGGAAAAAUAACUUCGGAGCAGCUUCACCAUUUUGUACAGAACAAUUUCACAAGUUCAAGAAUGGCUCUCAUAGGAAUAGGUGUAAAGCACUCUGAGCUAAAGCAAAUUGCGGAGCACUUUCUCAACAUCCGAGGCGGAGCUGGCAUUUCUAGUGCAAAGGCUGUCUACAAAGGGGGAGAAAUCAGGGAACAGAAUGGUGAUAGCCUUGUCCAUGCUGCUAUUGUAACAGAAGGAGCUGCUGUUGGGAGUGCAGAAGCAAAUGCAUUCGGUGUUCUUCAGCAUGUUUUAGGUGCCGGACCCCUUAUCAAGAGAGGAAGCAACGUUACCAGCAAAUUGUCCCAGGGUAUUGCUAAAGCAACUACCCAGCCAUUUGACGCUUCCGCGUUCAAUGUUAAUUACUCUGAUUCUGGGCUCUUUGGGUUUUAUACCAUAUCCCAGGCUUCAAAUGCUGGUGAGGUUAUUAAAGCUGCUUUGAACCAGAUAAAGGCAGUUGCUCAGGGCAGUGUCACUGAUGACGAUGUCACAAAGGCGAAAAACCAGCUGAAAGCCACCUAUUUAAUGUCAGUGGAGACAGCAGAAGGGUUGCUGAAUGAAAUUGGCUCUGAGUCGUUGAUUUCUGGCACACACACAUCACCAUCUGUUGUUGCUCAAAAAAUCGACUCUGUAACCACUGCUGAUGUUGUGAAUGCUGCAAAGAAGUUUGUCAGUGGAAAGAAAUCAAUGGCAGCUAGUGGGAAUUUGGGAAAUACUCCUUUUCUUGACGAGUUGUAAAACCAAAACUGAGAUGCAGAUUCAAGAUGGACCUGAGUUCUAUGUCAUGUAUGUUCUAAAUUACUACUAACUUGUUAUUUAUGAAUUCAGUUCUUUCAGAAAAUUAAUCUGGAGUAAUUGUGGGCUUACACUCAUCAAAUAAAGUGCUGAGUUCAUACA